AACUCUACUACUAACAUGUGUAGUGUGAGAUUAGGUCCCUUCUUCCUUGGUAUCUCCUCCUCGCCGGACCUCCAUUUUUCCCGAUUCAAGUUCGCCGGACGAUCUUCUUUCUCGUGCAACCGUGUUGAUCUGAUGACUCCAUUAUCCAUCACGAGAAACAGAUACUGGAUUCUGAGACAUGGAAAAAGCAUCCCAAAUGAAAAGGGACUCAUAGUUUCCUCUCUGGAAAAUGGGAGACUUGAAGAAUACCGAUUAGCUACUGAAGGUAUUGAUCAAGCAAACUUAGCCGGAGAAUCGUUUCGUCAAAAACUAUUAGAAGAGAACAUAGAACUUAAAGAUGUAAGGAUCUGCUAUUCUCCCUUCUCAAGAACUAGCCACACUGCUAAAGUGGUGGCAUCUACUCUCGAUAUUCCUUUUGAAGGAACUCAAUGUAAGGCAUUUGAAGAUCUUCGAGAGCGUUAUUUUGGUCCUUCCUUUGAACUCCAAUCACAUGAUAAAUAUGCAGAGAUAUGGGGUCUUGAUGAGAAUGAUCCAUUUAUGAAGGCUGAAGAAGGUGGGGAAAGUGUGUUUGAUGUUUCCUCUAGACUUAUACCUGCUUUGAUUGCCAUUGAUGCUGAAUUUGAAAGAUGUGCAAUCUUGGUGGUUAGCCAUGGUGAUCCCCUGCAAAUCUUGCAGACAUUGUUCAAUGCUGCUGCUAAAGACGAUGAAGGAUCAAAUGGGAAGGAUCUUGUCUCAAGAUUGGAGGCUGUCAGGGUUCAUGAGAUCCUAUCACAACACCGCAAUUAUGCCCUUUCGACUGGAGAGCUUCGUGCUCUUAUAUAGCUCGGGUUAUUUUUUUCAUACAACUGGGAAAAUUGAAUUGAAAUAAGAAAUUUAACUCAUUUGCAAGAGGAAUUGUUGCUAUUUCAUUUAUGUGGCUCAAUCUAAAUUUGUAAAAUGGAUAUUCUGAUUUUCAUUAAUUAAUAAAUUAAAUUACAUUGAAGU